UCGCAGUGAUUACCAGCGGUUACAGGUGGCCAUGUUGAGUUGAGUCAACAACACAGAGCCUUGUGGGCAGGUGCGUUACCUGUGGCUCCCUCAGGAAGCUCCUCUGCCGCCUCCGCGACACGGACACACUGAGCCAGAGGAAGGAGAUCAUGGAAUAGUUUCUUCUUCUCUCUCUCUCUCUCUCUCUCGUCACUGCCUCAUUGAGCAGUGAGCUUCGUGUGUGUGUGUGUGUGAGGGAGCUUCGAGGCUGCUCUCAGGCCAGCGCUUGUUUGUGCAGACGGGCCGACGGACGGAAGUGCUUCCUGUAAUAAAGAGGUGCGUCUUAUUUCCAUUCCAGCGACUGACUGAGUGGGACUGAGUGACUGCGCACGGCUUUCAGCGCCGGGGAGCUGGGGGCGCAUUGACGCAUUGUGGAGUCGACAGGCGAGGGGGGGUGCUGGUAGCACUGCAACCCCGGCUUCGACACACACACACGCACGCGCACGCACGCACGCACACGGAGGCAUCUAUCUGGCGGAACCGCGAUGGCCGUGGUGCAGCUCGACAGGGAGGACCACCAGCCGGAGAACGGCUUCGUGUCCCCCGAAACCACGUCGCCGGGGCUGCUGACGCGCAUCGACGGCUCCGUGCUGCCGUUUCUCGGGGGAUUUGGGAAAUACCAGAAACAGCUGAUCGUGCUGACAUGGAUCCCGGCGCUGUUCAUUGGAUUCAGCCAGUUCUCGGACAAUUUCCUCCUGGCACAGCCGAACACCACAUGCGUGCAGCCGCUGGUGAACCUGACUCGCAGUAACCUGAGCGCGCCGGGUCACUCCUCGCUGCUGGACGGUCCCAAAAACGGCAGCGGCGGCGCGCGGUCAGCUCGCAUGUAUGCCAAUGGAAGUUACGGCGGCAACAGUGACAACACCACCAUGCAGUGUCAGUGCAGCGAGUGGGUGUUCGAGCUGCGCACGGGACUCGUGCAUAACGUGGUGACCAAGUGGAGUCUGGUGUGUGACUCAGCAUGGAAAGUCCAUAUUGCAAAGUUCUCUCUGUUGGUGGGAUCCAUCUUUGGAUACCUGGUGUUUGGAGUCCUGGCUGACUGGUUUGGCCGUCACCCAGUGCUGAUCAUAUCGGUGCUGUUCAUGCUGGUGUUCGGUCUGACUGUGGCCUUCUCCGUCAACGUUCCCAUGUACAGCACCUUGCGGUUCUUUGAGGGCUUCUGUCUGGCAGGAAUCAUGCUCUCUCUCUACGUCCUCAGGAUCGAGCUGUGCCUGCCAGCGUGGCGUUUCUCCAUGACCAUGGUGGCCAAUUUCGUGGUGUUGGGAGGUCAGCUGCUGAUGCCCGGGAUGGCGUACCUCUGCCGCGACUGGCAGGUACUUCAAGCUAUUAUCAUCUGCCCCCUGCUGCUGAUGCUGUCCUACAUCUGGAUCUUCCCUGAGUCACUGCGUUGGUUGCUGGCCACGCAGCAGUACUGCCGCUCCAAGUGGAUCAUGGGACACAUAGCCAAGAAAAACCGCGUGAACAUGGAGCUUGACGCAGACAACAUCCUCACAGAACUGCAGAGAGCUCUUCAAAAGAAGCCCAAAAAGACGUGCAUUGUGAAGAUGGUCGGAACAAGAAACCUGUGGAAGAACAUCGUUGUGCUCUGCGUCAACUCGCUCACAGGCUACGGGAUCCACCACUGCUUCGCUCGCAGCAUGAGGGAACAUGAAGAUCAGGAGACCAGCAGGACCACCAUGUUCCAUAACUUCUAUGCAGACUAUUACACCAUGGCGGGCAUCGCGGUGGCGUCCUGCAUGGCGCUGUGCCCGGCCGUGGGUCUGAUGGGCCGGCGGGGGGGCCUUCUCAUGUUCAUGAUCAUCACUGCCCUGGCUUCCCUGCUGCAGCUGGGCCUGCUCAACUUGGUGGGGAAGUACAGCGGCCACCUGAACAUCGACAGCUCAGGUUCGCUGAAUAAGAACUUCUCCAUCGCCUUCUCCAUCAUCGGCAUGUUCUCCUCCCACGCAGUCAGCAACCUGAGCAUCUUCUUCUGUGCCGAGAUCACCCCCACUGUGAUCAGGGGCGGUGGUGUGGGCCUGGUCCUCGCCAGCGCUGGCUUCGGCAUGCUGACUGCACCCAUCAUGGAGCUCCACAACCAGAAGGGCUAUUUCCUCCACCACAUCAUCUUCGCCUGCUGCACCCUCAUCUGCAUCAUCUGCAUUCUCCUGCUGCCAGAGACCCGCUUCCAGCCCCUCCCCGAGACCCUGGCCGACGGCGAGAGCUACACUCGACAACCUCUCCUCCCCCCGAGGAAGCCUGGAGAACAGCGCCUCUUGCUGGCACAGUCCGAGAGCAGCAGGGACUACACCAGGGUGCACGACACGCCGCUCCACGAGGCAGCUGCCACCGCAGUGUCCACCAUGGACUCCACCGCGUCCUCGGCUGUCGAUUUGACGGCUCAGUCGGUCGGAGACAUGUCGGCCCCCACGUUCAUGGAGGUUCACCCAGUCAAGCCUGAGGUCAAAGACCCCAAUGGCCACUCGAGGUCCUCUUUAUCCACCACCCCCGUCACAGCACUGGGGAAAGACAACAUCAUACUGGCCAGCAAAGAGCACCUGCUGUCUUCCACUCCUUUACACAAAGCACCGUGCGCCACAGACCCGCUUUUAGUCGACGCUGAAGAACCUCCAGCAAUAGUUUCUGCUGUUGAGCUCUCGUCGGAUUCUGUCCUCCUCGAGAUGAACGACACUGGUCCCUCUCCGACUAAAGAGUCAGCUGCUCCACCGACCCCUUCAUCCAACUCUACCCCUCCUCCCGUCCCACAAACUGCGCCCGCCUCCUUAAUGAUCUGCACCACACCCGUCAUCGAGCCCCCACCCAGCUCCAUGCUGGAAUCCCCAAACCCCCCGAUUAAUGACAUUGACAACAUCCCCGUGACACUUGAGCCCACUUUGCCGGAGGACGCUGAUGCCACUGUAGCCCCCGCUGCUCGUCCCUGUGACUCCCCUACUCCAGCUCUGCCUGACAGCCUCCCUCCAUCCCCGGCUCCCUCCCCGGCUCCCUCCCCCGUUCCUGUGACAGACUGCACCGUUUCCCCUGACCCUCCACCCUCCGUUAUCACGCACUCUGACAUUCCCAUCCAGUUAAAUUUAGAAGAUGAAUCUACAUCUCCUCCUCCAACUAGAGACUCCCCCUCACCUUCCCCCGUUAUAGACUCCCAACCGCCACAGUCAGACUCUACCUCUCCCUGUAUUAAGGAUUUAUCUCCUCGGCCCCCUACUCCCCCUAUAGUCCACAUUUCCCCUCCACCCUCUCCACCUCCACCCACCGACUCAGACAAUUUGCCCUCAGAGGGAACGUCCACUCCCCCCGUCAUAGAUACUGUCAAGACCGCCGCACCGUCUGCCGCCAUCCUCCCCGUCACAGACAUUGUGCCCACUUCCACUCCGGAAUCCCCUGCUGUGACUGCCACAGACAUUGUGCCAGAUUCACCUGCUCCCCUCCUCUUAGAUUCACUGACGACUUCCAUCACAGAUUCAGGCUCCACAGAAGCGACCCCUCCCUCCCUGCUGGACUGCACCGUCUCCUCCCCCAUAGACUCUGGUGUCGCCAUCCCCGUCAGGGACAGCGCCAGCACAGAAAAUAACGCUGUCAACGGCGUGGCGUCGUCCUGAUCCAGCUUCGCGGCCAGGAAAACAAAGCUUUAUGGUUGCGUCGGGAGGCAGCCCCCUCCCCCCCACCACCCUGACGUCACACGAUUACCGGAGGGGAGGGGAGAGCGGCAAGAAGUGUCCUGCUCCAGACUUCGGGCGUUUAACGAAGACUGUCUCCGCCUGGAGUUGAGCAGACAUGUCUUACUCAGUUGUUGUAUGUUUUCUCAAUGACCCCCGACCCCCGACCCCCUCACCCCGUUGCCCACCUUCCAGCAAUUAGUCAAUAAACGACACCACCAAGAGAGAGAGUGCCAGAGGCUGGUUUGUGACAAUGUGACAGGAUCUUCUGCUCUUUCUUUCUUUUUGAAUGUCACUGGAAAUCACCAGCCUAUAAACUACUUUGAUGUAAAAUGAAUGGGAAAUUACAGUCUGUCGCUUUAAAGAGACUUAACAACUACAAUCACUGAGAAGUGUCGUCAGGACAGUUGAGAAAUGCAACGAUGCUAACAAAAAAAUACAAAAUAAAAAAAAGCAAAACUAAAAAAAAAUCUAAUCACUGGUACUUUUGCUCAAAUAAAAUGUCUGUCUAACGUAUUUUUUAAGGAAAAAAAUAUCGCCUUACCUGUGUGGACAAGAAAAUCUGAAUGUUACAGUACUUUUUUGCUGUUCUAGAGAAAAACAAUCCAAAUUGGAGUGAUUUUUUUUUUCUAAAUACAAUGCCAAAAUUGCCAAAAUGACCAAAAUUAAAUGUAGACAUAGUGCCAAAACAGUAGUAUUGCCGCAGUAUUUUGAGAAAUACAGGUUAGCGGUCCCCUGCCAUCGACUGUACGUGGAUUAAAGCGAAUCAGAUGAACCCAAAUGUCAGAAAAUACGAUUAAUUCUGAUAUUAGUUUUAAAAAAAAAACAUCAUGUGAGGAAUUAGAACCGAGAGAUAAGAUUAAAGCUAAGCUGCAUUCGUCAACACGUGGUUCACAUUGUAUGACGUUAGCUUGGGGGGGAAAAAAAUGACCCGUGUUUUGUCGGUCUGAAGAAAACUUAUUUUUCCAAUUGUUUCAGUCAAUGAAAUUUAUGGUAUGCAAAUGGUUUUAUUUGUAAAUGUGAUAAUUGUAAGUAAAUGCAUAAUUAGUUGCUGAGAUUGAUUGAGUUUUUUUGUUUUGUUUUUUUUACAAUUUCAAGUAUUAUUUUUGAACUAUCUCCCAUGGCGUGCUCUUAUCGUACAAGGCUGUACUUCUUCAUUCUAACAGUAUUUGUGGCACCUCGGUGUGGUGGCACCUCAAUAUCUGCAGUGGGGACGAAGCAUGAAAAUACUCGUGAACAAACAAACUAAAGCAAACCGUAAAAGAAAAAAACACACAAACACAACAGCUCAGUUUGAAACGAAACCCACGGAUGACAAAAAUGACCCAUGUGAUUUGGUGACUUGUCGCUACGUCACUAACCUUCAGCGUGUUUUCCAAAUCAUGUUCUGGCAUUAACAUGCGUCCCUGUGUUCAUACAUUCACAUGCAAGUUUACCUGAGCAAUGCAAUAUUUCAUACUCUUUGGGGGAAACCAGGUGAAAUCCUUAUUUACAGAUAAAACUUUUCAUGAUCUUAAAUCAACAGACUCCAUGUUCGUAUGUGGACGGCUUUAUAUUUUUACUUUACUACACUACGUGUGUAACAUGACAGGUGCGGUUACACACUUCAUACACUGCAGGUUGUAAUAAGAUGUGCGAUCACGCAUAGACCACUGUUUACAACAAUCCUCAUCAUAAUAAUGAUAAUAAUAAUAAUACACUGUACUGUAAAACCUUUUAGAGCCAACUCAAUGAUGUCGUGUCAUUUCAAAUGUGAUCAACCUCUCACAGUGAAUCAUGUAUCCGGAGAGUAUGAGUGAUUUAUUAGGGAGUCAUUCAGGAGUCAAGGACGACACUUUAACAGAAGAUCUGUUAUUGUCAGCUCAUUGCACACUUAUCAAAACAAAAACAGAACAUACAGGAACUUGGCUGAAGUCAGAUGUUCCCUUACAAAGGCUACGUAUGGGUUUGGUAUGUGACUGACUGGGCAAACCUGUCUUUGGUUGUUCUUUAAAUCUUUAAAUAGAUCAUCAACUUCCAUUCUAUGUGUCUAACGUACAUGCUACGCCUCAAAGCACAAAAACCCUGCAAUCAUGUGAUGUCAGAUUAGGUGGCGCUCGGCAUCUUAAAAAGGGAAAAAUGGAGCUGGAUUUUGAAUCAGUUGUUUAAAUAUGAUUUUUUUUUUUUUUUGCGGCACAACCACUUGUAAUCUACUUUGUGGGGUUGAACCUGGAUUUAUUAAGAAACUCUUGCAGCAGAGAGCGGGUCAGAACAUUACUUCCAAGUUCUCGUUGUCUGUGAGUGUUGUCCUCUCUGUCUCGGUGUGCGUAUUGCAGAUAAUGAACUGUGUAUCUCCCAAACACCCUCGUGCACCACCAAGUGUAAAGACAUGACACAGCACAACACAAUUAUCGGUCCUCUCUGAGGUCGGUUGCUUCCACGUUCACACGGCUCCCCUGCAGCUCUUCCACAGUGUCGAUGGGAGUUGUUCCAUCAGUCUUAGUAAGCAUUUGGUUUGACUUGAUGUUUUUUAAAAUGAAGGUAAAAAUCAGUGAAAGCAAUCCAAAGCAGCACCAGCGAUAGGGUGGACUGGCAGCAAUCACUGGUGGGAAAGUGUGAAAAAACCCGAAAAAUAAUGUCUUUGUAAAUAGUGAAUGUGUGGAAACGGCCAGGUUUGAUAGCAUGAAAGCUCCUGGAUCAUGGAUGGACUGAUGAAUUGUUUUGAACUUGGUGAAUCAAAGUGUCAGAGACAUGAAGUCCCCAGUGUACACAUUUCAGGUUUUGCUUCUCUCAACCUUGCGACUCCAAAUCUCUUGAUGGGAGAUUUGAAUGAAUGUAAAAAAAUUAAACACACACAAAAAAAAAAAACAUGGAUUGUACCAUUUAUAAUUUCCAAUUGUUUGGUUUCAUUUUGUGUUUUGUUUUAACAGACAUGAUGCACUUGUAUAUAAGCCAUACCGGUUGUUAAAAUAAACCACUAUUUAUUGAUCAACUGAA